UGUUCGCUGGAGCGAGUAGGGAGUGGAUAACCGGGCGUUGGUAAGCGGGUUGGUUGGAUUGUGAUCCGAGUUGACAUUGCACUUAUUGAUCGGGGUUAAGUGGAUACGGAUUGUGGUUACGUAGGAAAUGGGCUUCACUGCGCCGUGGCGUUGGCUUUCGUCACGUACCGCGUGUCUGGGAAAAAAGGCGCCAAAGUUGUAUUCCAUUCAAUCGACACCGAUCUGCAUCUUGCCCAAAUGCGGGGUGGUGCAAUCCUAAAUAAUUGCGGGGUGGGUGCCAUCAGGAACAAAUGCGACGCUGGUGUAGAGUGACGUGCAUGUGCAGAAACAAGUGCGGCGUCAGUGAGAGUGACGUGCAUCUGCAGAAACAAGGGCGACGAAAACUGGCCAAUCCCCACUAUCUAUUUCGGAAGACGUUGGGGGAAACAACCACGAAGAACCUUUAUCCGCGUCAUGGCGAACUAUCGAACUGCCCUGUCACCAAGGGCUACUCUAGCGUCCAAAUCAAGUCGCCCCCCGGAUACAGCGACGAGCAAUGACGCGUGGGGCCUGGCGGGGACCCGGAUGAGCGAGAUGGCCACAGGCGCGGCGGCCGAGGGCAGGGCCAACCUGCAGCCCGGACGCGAGCAAGACUUCCGGCGCGGGCUUGAUAAUGCCUACGUCGGGCGCGAGGCCUACUUUCCCGGAAGCUACCGUCUUCACGGCCAUGGUGUCGUGACCCAAGACAAGCUUGAGAAGGCCUACUUUGAGAAGCACCCCGAUCUCCUGGUGAAGGAACACACGCCGCAUCAUCAUGAUCGGCCUUACGACUUUUCCAUGAGCAGCGACGACCUAAACAGGAUUGUCAGGGACACGGCAAGCCGCGGCUCAGGUCUCGCUGUUAAGGAUCCUGGGCCCGCUGAUAUCUGGGAGGAUGCGCCUAGUAGCGUGCACUAUACUGCAGAGGUGUCGACGCCUGAUUUGUACGACGAGCAGGAAAAGCCGAAGGAGAGUGCCGGUGUUGGCUGGCCGGCCACUUUGCGCAACCUGUAG